CAAUCUUCGAGAUAAACAAUUAAUUUUUUUGAUUUCCUCACGUUAUAUUGUUUUAUUUGGAAUAUUCGAAGAAAAUGGAUCCUAAAAACUCAGAAAACGAAUCGACUUCCGAAGGUGAACAUCCACUUGACCUUGAAGUCUCGCCAGAAAUGGAAUCUGAAGAUAACAAAAGGUCCAAAAUCAGGAAACAACUAUCCAAUAUGUCUUUCGAAGAUAUACAGAAGUUGAAGGAAAAAAUUGGAGCAAAGGUGUAUAAUCAAGUGGUCUUAGGAAUAAAAACUAAUAAACCAAAAACUGACUUCAAGAGAACAAACAAAAACCGGCCGAGAGAAAUGAGUUCUAAAAUUCGAGUUAGGGCACAGCUUCCUUCCGUAAGAACUAAGAAAAAUGUACCACGUGAUCCACGAUUCGACUCAAUGUGUGGUGAUUAUGAUGGCAAAGAAUUCAGAGAAAAUUAUAAAUUUAUUAAUGAUAUGAGGAAAAAUGAGAAAAAAGAAUUGGAGAAGGAAUUGGCUAUAACUUCUGAUCCUGAAAGGAAAACACAGAUCAAAUUUUUAAUUCAAAGGAUAGGUAACCAAAUAAGAGAAGCAGAAAAGACAGAAAAACUAGAACUACAAAAAUUAGAAGAGAGUAGGGAAAUCAGGGAAAAACUUCAGAAAGGUGAAAAACCAAUAUUCAAAAGGAAAUCUGAAAAGAGGGUGGGUGAACUUCUGAAUAAAUAUGAAGAAUUGAAAAAGUCGAAUAAACUUCAGAAACAUAUUGAAAAAAGACGGAAGAAGCAAUGUUAAUUGGUUCAUUUAGUGAAGUGUUCCUCAUGUUCAAAAAUUUUCAGUUCAUUGAUAAGCAUUAUAUUUCAAAAGUUUUAUUAAUAAGAGCAUAUAUUACAUAUAUACAACUUCCAA